UAUAUACGACUUGAGUGGUGGGGGGGAACAAGCGAGCUCUGCACUUUUCCCAGUUCGUCGUCGAGGCUGUUUUGAACAGAUCGAACCGAAGCAAUCUCGCAGGAGGGGCGGAGGAGGAGGAGGAAGCUUCGGGAGGUCGAGGUCAGAGGCUGCACGAUGAGGAGGUACAGUCCACCGUACUAUAGUCCGCCGAGACGAGGAUACGGGGGCCGAGAGAGGAGUCCUCCUCCUCGGCGGGGAUAUGGUGGCGGUGGGCCUGGCGGCUAUGGGAGGCACAAAGAGCGGGAGCGGUCGCAUGGGAGCCUCUUGGUUCGCAACAUUCCUCUGGACUGCAGGGCGGAAGAACUCAGGAUUCCCUUCGAGAGAUUUGGACUUGUUAGGGAUAUUUAUCUGCCAAGGGACUACUAUACAGGGCAACCUCGAGGAUUUGCUUUUGUGGAGUUUGUGGACCCUUAUGAUGCUGCUGAUGCUCAAUACCAUAUGGAUGGACAAAAUUUUGCGGGGCGGAAAAUAUCUGUUGUUGUUGCUGCAGAGAGUAGGAAGAGGCCAGAGGACAUGCGUCGAAGAACUAGAAGGGAACCUUCAGGGUAUGGAGGAAGAUCUAAUCAUGGACGUUCUCGUUCACGCUCACGAUCUCCUCGUCGCCCAUCAGCUUCUAGGAGUCGGCAUCGCUCCAGGUCAUACUCUCCUGUGCCAAGAAAGCGUGGGGUUCCUUCUGUAUCACCUAGUAGAAGGCAUGCUGAUGACCACUCCAGAUCGCCUCGAGCCCCUUCACAGGAGCGCGAAGGACGGAAUGGCAGGUCAUUCUCUCCCGAUUAUGACAAUGGAUACCAUAAGGGAAAUGAAAAUGGAAAAUCCAGGUACGAGUCAGGGGAAGCACAUGAUCGGAGGAGUUCAUCUCCAGCUGCUGACGCAUCAAGAUCACCUUCUGGGUCGAGAUCAAGGUCUCCAGAACCAUCGCCCAGCAGAUGAGGAAAUGUGAGAUGUUCCAGCAGAAGUUGCAGCAGCAGAUGUGUUGUACCUUAUCUAAACAGUUCCAUCUUUUUUUGUGUUUCCGAAUUAAAGAGAAUGUUAUUUGCUUGAAUUAAUAGCGGACGCUCCUUAACUCUCAGUGUAGUUUCCCAGUAUGUCGAGCGCUGCAUGUGGGGACUCUACUUUUGUUUGCUGUGGGGUUUUGGAUCUAUCUGGAAAGCAUUCAUCCUUUUGAUUAACGUUAAUCUGCGGAAUGUGAAAAAUCUAGUAGAAAUUGCAAAA